UCUGGUGGUCGUUGCAGUGCAGCGCCUUCGUUUGCUCGGUAAGAACCAUGCGGAAGACCAUGAAAAAGGAAUUGACGGAGGGCUCGUUUUACGUUGACAUAAGGCAGUACCGAAUGUUAUGGAUGCACAUUUACAUGCUUAUCGAAAAGAUGUCAUCGUCGGUCAGCCACAUUUACGGACUGUACUCUCUCGCCCUUUACAUGAAUCUUUUCGUCUCGGUUUACUGCACGGUUUCGAAAAUCUUGAGCCCCCAGGAAAUCGUCUUCACAGCAAGAUUCGUCGGGUUUAUUGUCUGCAUAUUUUACUUCGGCAUUCAUCUCUACGGUUUUUCCAAUUCCGCUUACAAUAUGCACGAGGAAAUGACAAACGCCGUCAGAAACGACCUCCUCGACAUCCGUCUUCACAGACUGUCAAAAUUUAACGCCAAAGAGGUCGAGUUUUUCCUCGAUACGGUCAACGCCAGGAAAGUUGGACUUGUAGUGACCGGAAAUCUCACGAUCAGAAGGAAAACCGUCAUCGAGUACGCCUCUUCGGUGGCGAUGUAUUGUCUCGUUCUGCUUCAAUUCAAGAUCGCUUUACCAAGGACGUAGGUACCUAAUCCAAGGUGAAGAAUUGAAGAAGAAUGGAUUGACACGAUCAUUUGGGAGCAAUGACCUUGCAAGUAGUAUCGUUUGGCAUGUAUCGAUAAACUUAGCCGUGGAUUGUGAAGAAAUUUUGAUAUUCUUCAGCCAUUAGAUUCGCAUUAUGAAAAGUAAUUUAUGGCCCCUGUCGCGUUAUCGAAACUGACCGAUCUCUACCGCGAAAAAUGGCUUUUCGUGUCGACCGAUCGAAGGAAGUUACGAGCUGUGAUGUUGAUUCGAGUUCCGAAUUAGACUCAAUCGAUUCAGGACGACGACUUUACUCGACCUUACAAAAAUUACUCAGUUAUGUUCGGUAUUGAAUUAUUUAUUAUCAACGUUUGGAGUCGGCGAAAUAAAAUAAGUAAAAUGGAUUCGCGAAUGAUGGCGUCUUGAAAUUUUUGGAAAGUAAUUUUAGUUUCUUAUGAUUGCAGACCGUUGAAAGAGUAAAAAUUAUUAAGGCUAUUGAAACGUUGCAUGCUAGUUUCAAUUUAUAUAUAAUCCAGAUUAAUUGAAACUUUUUCGCUUAUACGUACGUUUAUAUAUCGU